AUGAACACCCCUGGAUCCUUCGGAAUCGUCGAUUACUCCUUCCCAAUGUGGUCCAAGAAGCACGUCGGCUCCUGGCUCGAUGCCUUCAAGCCUCGCCGCUCCUCCAGCUCCUCCUCUUCUUCGUCGUCAGCCUCUUCGUCGUCCCGAUCCUCUUCCUUCUCCCUGUCCUCGCGGGCGGGUGCCAACAGUCGGAGUGGCUCCUUGGCCUCUCUGUCAUCAAUGGGCACCGUGGAGGAGCAGGAGCACCUCAUGGCCGACCAGCCGAAGCGGGCCGCCUACGUGCCUCGACACGCGGCCAAGUCGUUCAUGAAGACGACUACCUCCAAGGAGAUUCGCAAGCAAAGCGAGAUCAUUUGA